GUAGCUCCCAAGGAAAUAGAAGCACGAGGAAAAAGAGCGCAGCUUGUUUAUCAACGUGCUCUUAGAGAUGGAGCUGUUAAUGUUCAACGAGCUCGGAUAUUGCUUAUUGGUCAGGAUAGAGCAGGAAAAACAAGUUUGAAAAAAUCUCUCAUUGGUCUACCAUUUGAUCCUAAAGAAAAUAGUACUGAAGGAAUUGAAGUGGAUCCGUCAAUCUUUCAAGUGGAUGCUCACGAAGUUAAGAACUGGCAACCCAUUGAUAAGAGUGAGCGAGGGUUGUUGGGCUGUUCUAAAGCUGUGGCACAGAUGGUGGUAGAAAAGCUUUGUAUUUUAAAUCGCUAUAAUUGGUUUCGGGAGGAGGAAAAAGGUGCAGAAAAGCACGACAGUGAUCACCUUCGAAAUGAAAAUUAUAAGAAUGGGGAAAAGGCUGGUGAUGCUGAUGAUGAAAAGGAAGACGAUUCAUUUUUUAACCAGGUUUGUCUCUAGUUAAUCCUCUCAUUUUAUUGUACUUAUCAAGUAUUAUUAAGUAUUACCUAUAAUAUCAUAGGUGACGAAUUACUCCUUAAUUUUGGCGUGAAAUUUCAGCGUUAAUUUGUAAUUUCACAUGUGAAAUUAUGUGAAAUUACAAAAUUGCCAUGGCAACCGUUCCGUACGUCUUAGUGUCAAGAUCGCGACGAAGUUUUAAACUGCCGUGAAUGAAGAUGUCAGGGCACAAAAAGACGCUUUAGAAAAGCUGAACACACAAGAGAACAUCAAGGAGGAUUCUAACAGGUAUGUUGCCGAAAAAGUCUGAAAAAUUCUGAACUGUAUAAGCCAAAUUUAAGGUCUAAACAUUUGAGAGAGUGGAGUUCUCGAUCGAUACGAUCCAGGAUAAACAUGUCAAAAAUCCAAGAUUGCUAACGUAAUUCGUCUCCCAUGAUAUUAAUAGGUAAUCAAAUGGUAUACUCGUGAAAAAAAAAAUUAUUCCCUAAUUUCACUCAUCACCAUUUGAUUACACACAGUAAAAAUAUUUAGUUACUAUAACUCAAUGUCAACGCUUAAGAAAAUCAUUUGGAAGGAACUUUUAAAGCCCCGUUCACACAAAUCGGAAUAUUUUUGAAACCAUAUACAUUAUUAAUUACAUGAAUCGGGCUUCCCUCCACAUCCCGGGAAUUAAUUCACUCACCAAAACCGCAUCUUUUUGAAACCGCUCUCCGCAGUGUUUUUCUUGAUUCCGUCGUUAGCAGUGAGUCGAUCGGUUUUUUGGUAAAUUUGACUCUGAAAAAAGGAAUCUAUUGUCUUAGAAAAAGUGUAGAAAAAGUCGUGAAUUUAAGAUAAAAUCAGAUGGUUUGGAAAAGUUGUUUGACAGCUCCAUGAAAGCGCAAUAUACUAUUCAGCUACUUUAAGAAACUUUUCGAAUGCAAAUAUAUCUCCAUCAUCAGUUAGCCCGAGCAAAACUUACUAGUUAUUUACAAGAAGCAAUAAGACGAGACAGCUUUUGUUUUUUCUUAUGCAUAAAAUUUCGUUACCAAGCAUGAAACGGGUUUGCAUUCUUGAAUACAUACAUAGAGGAUGUUACACGGUGGCGCGAAGAUAUGAAUUUUAUUUUCGAGUAGCAAAACAAUAUUUUACGAACGAGAGCAGCGAGUGAGUAAAAUAUUGUUUUUGCCUUUAUUUAUUUCACGUCCCCACGGGGCCUUUCAAUGAAAUAUAAUUAUACAAAACAAAAUACAAAAAGUUCUACGUGUCCAAAAAUUAAAAUAAUCUUAUAAAUUCAGUUAGAGUCCAUUGGAAGUCUUUUUCUCAACAUAGUCUUAAAUGACUUUACAUUAUAUUUUGCGGCAGAGCGUUCCAUAGAGAUACUUUUCUAUAAUAAAAAGUUCUUUCGCCAGUUGCAAAUCUAAAACAUAGGCACGUUUAACGUGCAUGAGAUAUUUUGAAUGCUUCAGUGUAACCUUACCAAGAGUCAUGACCUUUUUCAUCCUAAAUGUAGAAUGGAUUUUUGUGCGAAAUUGGGUAUUACGGUACAUAAAUGAAAACGCGCAACACUCAACUGAGUCGAUCCUCAUGCUAUAUAUUCACUUUCCUCUGUUUUUCCCUGAUACAUCCAGUUCAAGUUAAACAAAUUGUUAAAGCACAUGAAAUAUCAACUCACCAAACGUUGAUUAGAGGAAAAACUCUAAGGUUUCCUCGGAGUUUCUUAAGAAAAUGUGGCUCAUCGAAUACCGAAUCGUUACAAAAUGCCAGGAUUUUUAUCAUUGUGGUAGAUGGUUGCAUCUUCAUAAUUCACGAGGUUUUCACGUGCGAUUCUACUCAGUGAAACAGUCUUUAAACUCUGACAACUUAAUUCUUCAUGUUUUAAAAGCUAUUGCUUCUUAAAAGACAAGGUUUGAAACAGGUCUUCACACGUUCAAGUUACUAUUAUUACUGUGAAAAGCCAAUCUGUAUGAGAUGUACAGUCACACAGCUGGCACGUGAAAGUGUUGGACUUUGCCCCUUUUAAAAUUUGUACGUGAAAGAACGCAUAAUUGUAAGGAGAUGAUUUCGCUCAAACGAUUUUAACAAAUCACCUCCUUUUCUAACAUCUGCAAUAAAAUUAUGCCUCAUUCAUUGUACUUUAAUUUUAACAGAAUGAUUGUCUGCUGAAAUACUGAUUUCUACUCAUCUCAUGUUAUUCCACUCAAUGAAACAAUCUCUAAUUAUUUCGUCAACUUGCUACUUCCAAGUUUAUUCGCUAAAAAAAAACCGCAAAAGUUACGCAUCUUUACUUAUCCACUGAGUUUUAAUUACUUUUAUGACAGCAAACAUGUAUCAGAUAUGGUUACCCUUAAGUUGCCAGAACGUGAAUUUAAAAGUAUGUUGAACUUCGUGCGAGAGAGAAUAAAGCAUGUUUACUCGGUACAGCUUUAAAAAAAUCAACUCUUGUUCAAGCUUCUAAAACCCAAUUACGCAUACUUGCAAGUUAAAGUCACUAUCUAAAUACCAAUUAUUAACGUUUCAUUUUUAGACCUUUGAAAACUGUUAUUUUUUGUACUUCACUUUGAAGGAGGUGAAACAUCUUCACGUACGUUGUGCGGCUCGCGAUAGCCGAAUUAGGUCAUAAAUGUCUUAAACCAGCAGCUACACUAAAAUAUGAACCCUUAAACAGCUGCAUCACUGUACUCACCGUUUGAAUCAUGAAGAUGUUUAAAUGUUAUGCUUCGUAACACCUUGGUGUUCUUUAGUCUUUACAGCAGCUCAUAUGUCUUGUUAACAGCAUCACUUAACGAAUUCUGCUAGACAACUAACUAGCUAAUCUCAGCUACUAACUAACUUGUGCUAAAUGCUGGCAACUUAUAUAAGUAAAACGUAGGUACGUUCAGGCUUGCUGACCAUCAGAGUUACAAUCGCUUUUCCGAAUGAAGUAAACAAAUUUCCUGUUGAUAACCAAAGUGGAAUAAACAACCCAUAAGAAAACCAAUGAAAGCCUGACAGCUACACUCACGUGGCUCUACCUUAAACCAAAACAGGAACACUGAUGUAAGUAACAAUCAAGGUCAGCGAUGGUUCCAAAACGUGCCCACUUCAAGGACUGACACUCAAAUUUAAUAAAUGACAUUCAUGUUGAAAAACUACUUUAAAAGGUAAUAGAAUUUGAAAACCUGUCGACACAAAUACGGAUUAACCUUGAUCUAUAAACUGAUCAUAACAAGACUCUAGUAACGAGUGAAACGUCAAGAACAAACACGAAAUAAACUUAAAAUAACCUACAGAAUACUUCACAACAUUCCUCCCUCCUUAGAAGAGGCACCGUCCUCGAUGCAAUUGGACGUAUAUAAAUGAAAAAUUAAGGAACAAACGUAACUAGCGGAAGAACACUAAGGAAAAUUUGAAAAACUAUUGAGGAAAUAAUGAGAAAUAUCAAAACGACUAUAAAACUACCACUAAUAUUAAUUAAGAGUUCAAAGUUAAAUGUCCAAAGUAGAUGAAAGUUCUUGAGUCCUGAGUGCUUGAAAACAAAUGCAUAUUAGCGUUCUAGUGUGAACAUCUUGAAAAAGUUUAGAUUGGUAGACACAGAUUCAUCUUGUAGGAGAACAGACGACGACUCGUGCUGCAAUUUAUCUCGUCUUGUAAUUAGCGCUGUCUGCUGACUUCAUACUGAGGUUGUUUGAAGCAGACAAUGCAUGUCUCGUGAAUAGCUGGCUAUCUUGCUUGUAACAUAUGCUUUUGUUAUAAUACAAUUUCAUGAAAAAGCAGUGAACUUGUCUGUUAAAGAUAGAAUGUUCUGGCCAGUAAUAGAAUAAACAGGCAUAGUUCGGCUUAAACGUAACCAAGUAGAGGUCAAACUCCACCACAUAGCACAGCCGACGUUUUAAAUUCAGGUGUGUUUUUGACUUCUCCUCUUCUCCGGUUAUAUGCAGUUCCACUUCACAGGAGUAGAUUAAUGAAGAUUCGAAGAACCGUUGAAUAAAUGACGAAUUACCAUUGCAAACAAUUAACAAAAUGGCUACAAAAAAGGACAACAGCUAUCUAAUCACCUAACACGUACGGCUCAACAAAAUAACAUAAUACCCAUCUCAGACAAAAUCUACCAAUCAAAAUCAAAAAUCUUCAUUUACACUUGACAACAUUUAAAGCUUGGUAGCUUGACGGGUCGUACGUAAAAAGCAACACUUAACGAGUAGGAACAUAGUAAUCUUAGCUAAAGAAAGAAAACUUAUUAAACUUGAAGAUGAAAAACUUACAAAAAACCCUAACACUAGAAAGAUUGCAGAGAGAGAGAGAGAGAGAGAGAAAGAGAGAGGACGCUCAUGAAUCCAUCAAUAAAAAUAAAUUUGGGAAAAGUGAAUAGAAGUGUAAGUAAAAACACAAAACACAAACCCAGCAGCAAGGCAGACUACAACAAACUGGAGACUAAGACUAUUUUGGUGACCGGAGAUAAUUCUCAAUGAGACGUUUAUCCAAAAUAUUUUCUUCCGGUUCCCACGUUGAUGGACUUUUAGGAUAGUAGAGCCACUUGACCAAGUACUCAACCUUGCUGUUUCUCUUUCGAUGUUUUAGAACUUUUUCUGCACCAAACAUAGUUUUAUUGUCGAUAACAAUUGCUUCCGGAGUUGGUUGUUUUUCAUUUUGAAGUUGAUUCUUUGUCUUUUCUUGGUCUGAUUCUUUGUUUGAUUCUUUCUCUUCAUGAGAUUGUGGGGUCACUAGUGCUUGUUUGCCAACAGGAUUUCACUCAAUGUCUAAAGGAUUCUCUUCAGCAUGCACACAACUAUUUGGCUCAAAACAAUCUUUUGGAAUAUCAGAUUCAUCUAAAUAUGGCUCGGCGGGAUCUUCAUACGAUUUACGUGACACGAAAAAGCAACUUUUUUAUUGAUCAUGCGCAACUUAAAAUGCACUGGCGACAACUUCUCAACGAUUCUGUAUGGACCCAACCAGUUAUGCAUUAACUUUUUGGAUAAUCCUUUUCUAGUUCUCAGAGUAUAAACCCAAACGCGUUGGCCAACUUCAAAAACAGGUUCUUUUGUCUUUUGAUCAUAAUAAUCCUUCAUUUUUUGUUGUGCACGUCGUAAAUUUUCUCUAGCUAGAUUUUGCGCUAACUCAACCUUUUCUACAACACGUUUUCGAUAGUCAAGGACCGAAGUACUCAAAUCAUCAGCCGCAAGAGGCAAAUACUUGACGUCAAUUGGCAAGCGUGGCUCUCGCCCAUAAAGAAUGUCAAAAGGAGAAUCCCUAAUUGCAUCUAAAACAGAAGUCCUAUGCGCAAACAAAAUAAGCGGUAUGAACUCAUCCCAAUCUUUCUGGUUUUUGGAAAGGUACAUUGACAAAGACUGACACAAGGGAGAAUUAAACCUUUCUACAAGACGAUAGGUCUGUGGGCGAUAACUAGAAGUAUUGACCUUUUGAAUUUGAAUAUUUUACAAACUUCUGCAACGACCUUAAAAAGUUAGUUCCCCUGUCAGAGAGCAACGCACGUGGUGCCCCAUGUCUAGAAACCUCUUGCCCGGGUUCUCCACCAAAAAUAUCUAGGGGGUUUACGAGCAACUCGCUCGCUAAGCGUAGAAGUACCAGAUAUCUGAGUUUACAUACAUCUUGGUGUUCUUUAAUCUUUACAGCAGCUCAUAUGUCUUGUUUACAGCAUCACUUAACGAAUUCUGCUAGACAACUAACUAGCUAAUCUCAGCUACUAACUAACUUGUGCUAAAUGCUGGCAACUUCUAUAAGUAAAACAUAGGUACGUUCAGGCUUGCUGACCAUCAGAGUUACAAUCGCUUUUCCCAAUGACUUAAACGAAUUUCCUGUUGAUAACCGAAGUGGGAUAAACAACCCAUAAGAAAACCAAUGAAAACCUGACAGCUACACUCACGAGGCUCUACCUUAAACCAAAACAGGAACACUGAUGUAGGUAACAAUAGAGGUAAGCGAUGGUUCCAAAACGUGCCCACUUAAAGGACUGACACUCCAGUUUAAUAAAUGACAUUCAUGUUGAAAAACUACUUUAAAAGGUUAUAGAAUUUGCGGAUCUAUAAACUGAUCAUAACAAGACUCUAGUCACGAGUGAAACAUCAAGCACAAACAGGAAAUAAACUUAAAAUAACCCAUAACAUACUUCACAACAUUUGUGAUGUAUUACUCCAAAUUGAGGAGCAAUAAUAAAGUUUGUUAAAAUCUAAGGCAUUGAUUAUAUUAAUUAAACUGCGGUUAUCAAAGCAGUGUUUGACGCGAUAUACCUCACCUAAUCGCGACAUACAAGAAGCGGCAGUUGCCGUGACAUGAUCAUUGAAACUUACUGACAGUAUCAAGUAUAACACCAAGGUCUCUGGCGGCCUCUAAUAGGGUAAGCUGUUUUCCAAGGGGCGAAAGCUGGAAGUUGACAAUCUCUGCGGCCAUCUGCUUACUGUCACAGACUAGGAGCUUCGUCUUGUCGGGGUUUAAUAGGAACUGGUUAUUAAAGCACCAGUUACGUAUUCUUGCAAGAUCUUGAUUUAUUUCUGUUAUUGUGUGAUUGGUAUCGAAGCUGGAACGACAAAAGGAACUUGGUGUCGUCCACGUAGCACUAAACAGAACAGUGUUCUCUUAGACUACGAGCAGCUUCUUCAGGCACCCGCCCAACUCACUGAUCGUCGCGCUAACGCUCGCACACUCGCACAUCGCGUGCUCUCACAGAUUUUCCAUCAAGAGGGACUGCUUUGUGUCUAGAAUACUCUGCUGGUUAAUUCCCAUUCACCCAAUGUAUGUUCGAGUUGGAUGGUCUCGUUUAAGGUAAACAAUGUUAUUUUCUUUUGGAAUUUACCAGCAACAGUUAAAGUUUUCUCUUUUUCUGGUUCCCUGCAACAGGUCCCUGAACUGUUAUCAUCAUCAGAGCCUGAACAUGAGUUACUGAUUGAUACUACUUCACCACCAGAGGAGAUCACAAAACACGCUAAGGAGUGGAUAAAGUAUGUAAAAGGUAAAAAAGCUGUUACUGAAAAAUCCGUUAGUAGCAUUGAACUGUGGGAUUUUGCUGGACAACAGCUGUACUAUGCUUCCCAUCCUGUAUUUUUAACAUCACGUGCAAUAUAUAUCUUGGUGUGCAACCUUAGCAAAUCAUUGCAUGACACUGCCAAACCCUGUGUGAGACAAGGAAAUCACAACUUCUCGUUGGACAACCCAAAUGGUGCAACAAAUUUGGAGAAUCUGCUGUCUUGGCUGUCCACCGUGCAUAGCAUCACGCAGAUGAGAGGAGAAAUCUGUGAUGAUGCAGGAGGAACGCUGCCUCAUUUGCGCCCCCCGGUGAUCAUUGUAGGUACCCAUGCAGACAAACCAUUUGAAGACAUUGCAUCAAUGAAGUUAAAAAUACAGGAAGCAAUUGCUGGUAAGGACUAUGAAGGACAUGUGGUGCGGCCUAUCUUCAGCAUCGACAACACUGCAAAAUUAAUUCAGAGAAGGUUGGAAAAGGUUUUCAGAAAAGAUAAAAACAUUGAUGGCAUCCAAGAGCUGAAGGACAAAAUCAUGGAAGUGUUGAGGCAGGAGCCAUACAUGGGAGAGAGGAUACCUGCAAGGUAAAUAAUGUCAAUAAAAUUUCCGCCCAUUUUAAGGGAUGAGGUGUGGCAGCAUUGAAUUUACAGUUUAUGUACAUAUACACCUGGGAGCCUUUGUUACAGUCCUUUUACGAUUUUGCCUUGUUUCAGCAGUACAUAGGUAGGGAUAGGGGUUGCUAAGCACGAAGGGUUGUUAGACUUUGCCCAGAGCAACUUAAGCUUCUUGAAUGCUAAGCAAUUCUCCCACGAGAAUCCAUUACUUGAUGGUUGUGCAGCUAGAUAUUCAAUAAGUCACAAAAGUCAAAAGCUUUGCUGGACGAAUUGUUCUGGGACCUUGGAAAGUAUGUCCUCAUUUCGGAGGGGUUACGAUCAUUGAAGUGGCUUCUUAUUAAUGACUUAAGGUUAAAUUGAAUGAUGUAGCUAUGCUUUUACCAUGAUGUUUAGGUGCAUCAACGGUCUUGUCCCAGACUACCUUGCAAAUAAGUUAAGUCACGAAUUCAAGGAUAGGAUAACUGGGUUUCUAAUAUGGUGUUUUUUAUUGAUGAUAUAAAUAUUGUAUUUUUAUAAUUAACCCUUAAAAUUAUCCGAAUCUGUAUUUCAUUAAUGCUGAAAACGCUACUCGGGACCUUCAAUUCAGUAUGAGAAAGUAUUUAUUCUUGUAAGUUAUUGCCAACGAGCAGCCCCGCGAAGACGAAAGGCUGCGAGGCGGCAGCCUAAUAGAGCCGUGCGCGAUUGUUCCAGGGGCAGAAAAAAUCUUGAAUCGAUGUAACAUAGAGUAAUGUAAGGCAACCAUGACGUAAUGCAGGAUAGAGAAUGCAUUGUUUUCGAGCGAAAACGUGAUUUAUACAGAUCAGAGAAUCCACGAGUCGUGUGCGUGUUUGAGACUCCCGUGCUCAUCCCAUCUUCAACCAAUCGUCGGGUAGAUCAUUUCCAUCCUACGCGAUAACUGUCGCAUUUGCCCUCUGGAAUUUUUUAUUGCAUGCCGCUAAGAAAAAUAAUAACGCAGCGAAAUUUUUGUCUUUGAAGCAAAAUAAUUCGGAAGGAUUCAUUGGCGCAGCAUAAAUUUUUUUUAGCUUUAAAAAGAGACCAAAUAUAAGUCUACGUUAAAUAUUCGCGGACUUUUAAUAUGAUUUUUCCAGGAUUUUAAGUUGACUUAUAAGACACUAAAUUUUACGCAAAAUGACUUUUGUGCGCAAUUUCGGACAAAAACACGAACUUCAGUAUCUCGAAAAAUUUGCUGGGUCAAGUCGGGAUUUCAAAUUCUUUAUGCAGUAGAACAGUUUAGUUCACUAUUUUCAAAAAACAAAUUAAAGCAAGGGGCACACAUACACCAAACCCAUGAUCUGCCUUCCCUGCGCAUUUCGUGGGAGAACUGCGCUGCGGUUCCAAAGCCAACAGCUCCCACAUGUGUUGUGUGGAGCCGGCACUUAAAGGACUCGCCUCGGCAUUAAAGCGUCUUUAUAAACGGGUUUUCCCUGGUCGCUGACCGAUGGCUAUGCCGUGCUGACAAGCCCCAGUAAGAGCGAAACAGCUGUCCAUGGCUGUGCGCAUGCGUUAGGUAAUGGCCAGUCCGUGGGUUGGUGUAUGUGUGCCCCUUGCAUUAAUUACUGGUAACUCGUGAUCCACCUUCCCCGCGCAUGUCGUGGUAGAACUGCUGUGCGGUUCCCAGCCAACAGCUCCCAUAUGGUUGUCUGCAGCUGGCGCUUGAUAGACUGCUUUGCACUCACCUCGGCAGUAAGAGGUUUUUGAGACACAGGCUUUUUCUGUUCAUUAACCCAACAGCCACUGCCCGCGUGAUAUGGCUGUGCGCAUGCGUGACUUGCUGGACCGGCCGUGGGUCGGUGCAGGUGUGCCCCUUGCUUUAAGUUUGCACUAUUUUCAACGCAGUCAAAUUAAGUUCAAUCGAUUUUUUAUCAAUUACUGUAUUUCUCGACAUUUCUAAAUACAUUAACAUACCGGCCAAGAACAAACGAAAACAAUAGUUAAUCCCUUCACUCCCGAAAAACGCGUUUUAAAUCCAGUCGAAACGGACACAACUGAAGACGUGAAAGCGAAUAUUAUCCUCGCAGUGUAAUGAACAACCUUAGCGGUUGAACACGAACCUGAAAAAAUUUAGCCCUGACUGGGAAGACAGGACUGAAAGAAUUUUCUCAGCUUAGCGUCAUGUGGAGAUCUUCACCCUUCUGUUUUAGAUUGUGUGCAUACUUCUGCAAAUGAAUCGAUUUAACUACCCUGCCCAUUGACAUGAAAACUUUUUUUAUAAACUAGGUGGCUGAACUUUGAGAAUGUUCUCAGUACUUUGCUGUCGAAGAAAGUUUACCACUUAAACUUGAAGAAACUUCAAACCUAUGCAAGGAACAACUGCUUUAUAACUGACGAGGAAGAGUUUACUACCAUGGUGGAUUUCUAUCAUGACCUGGGGAUAAUUAUCAAGCACUGUAACACAGUCAUUCUUAGCGCUGAGUGGUUAAUAGACCUAUUCAAACAGCUGAUCACUAUUCCACCUUUCGAUAAAAUGGUAAGGUCCGAAAUACAUUCGGUACGUGUUUUUCAACCGUUGCACUAGCUUUCUCUUCUAGGAUGGCACCCAUUUUAUCACAAACGUUUUUAACUCCUUAUAAUCACUCUAUGUUUUAUUUCUCAGGAACCCAAGGUUUCCAAUUUGUGGCAGGAAGUUAAGGAAAGUGGUGUCCUUAGCAUGGAACUUCUUCAUCAUGUAUUUUCUAAGUUUCUUUUGAAUGGCGUUGCAAAGGAUGACAUACUGGACCUGAUGGAACAAUUUGGUUUGAUUGCAAAGUUUUCACCUUGUAAAACUGCUGAAAAGUAUUUUGUGCCAUGCCAGCUCAGAAUGCCACCUGAUUCCAUUUGUGCCAUAGUACCCUCAAGCUCCGACCCUUGUCCUCUUCAUGUUUACUUUGUUACCGGUUUUGUUCCUCAUGGCCUAUUCACACGGCUUGUUUCUCGCUUGGUUAGGUGGUGUUCAGAGGCUGGUCCAGCUCAGGCCCCUACCCUAUAUCAAAAUGGAGCAUGGUUCAUCAUUGGGAGAAAAAUUCUCUAUGAUUUAGUUCUUAUUUGUAAGAAGCAGUUCAUAAAGUUUUUUGUCAAGCAAAAAACCCAGCUUCAGAAGAUUUCACUGGAGGACACAAGUGAAGUGGCAGUGCAGGUGCGCCAGUUUGUGGAGGUAACUUUACAAACUUUGUCACGUGAUCUUCUGUAUUUGCGUGGAUUGCAGUACGAGAUUCGUGUCGCCUGUCCGUACUGUCAGGUUGAUGAGUGCUCAGGCCAUAAUCAGAUGGGUUGUACGUAUGAAGACUGUCUUCACCUUCUGGAGUUGAAACGAGGUGAGCCACUGAUUUGCAAGAAAAAACCUUCAGAGAAAAUACUCACUGUUAGGGGACAGGAAAAGUGGUUCUCACAGAUAACAAGUGAGGUAGGUAAUAACAAGGUUCAGUCUCUAUCGAUGCUGAUGGUUAGAGCUACUUGUAUACAAACUGAAACUCGCACUCUUAAGUAUUGUCCCAUUAAAUGGCUAGUUGUCUAUCUGUACUUAAACCCUUUUUAAUAUGUAAGGUAUUAGGUUACAGAUGAUGCAUAGUGUAUGCCUCCAUGUGGUCCAACACAUGAAUCUCCGUAGUGCAGGAAAAGGAAGAGAGAUGAAAAUGACUAGAAGAAAUAAACUAAAACUAAGGUGACUUCGGUAUUAAGAAAGGCACAUUGAGCUAUGAUGCAAUUUUCUUCAUAACCAUUUGGUUUUAACGCGAUAGCUACGAGACUUUGCAAAGAACUAUAACAUCAUUCAGCAAUAAUAUAAAAAAAUCUGAUUUUACUGUUGGUAAAUAUUUUUUACGAAAUUAGUGCUUAAGCGGACCCUACUGUUCAAAGAAAAUCGCACCUUGUAAAAUAUUUUGCUCAUAUUUUUGACUGAAAUUUGUGGUAUCGGCUUUUAUUGAUGUAACAAGUGUGCCCUAUAAGAAAUCGUUGGAGCAGAAGUCCGCAACUAGCUAGAAAGUUUUUAGAAAUUCAGCUAAGUUUGUAAACCAAUUGCUCUCAGGGAGCCACCAAUUCGAAUUUUCAGGACAAUUGAUACUAAUGCUGCUUAUUCUUACUGCGCUUUUCACAAACAUGCGACCUCUAAAGUUCAAAAGCCGCCUUCGCGAUUGCGUUUUUCGCUGCCGUCAAUCAUAAUUACGAUCACAAGCAACGAACCUUGAAACACAGAAAGACACAAAACGGAUCGAAAUCCACCAAUCACAAAUCAUAAACCUUGACCUUUUGAACCCGUUAAAGGAAAGCUUUGUUUCCUAAGAGAUCCGUUAAGAUGAUUGACGGCAGCGAAAAACGCAAUUGUCAGUUGGCUUUUGAACUUUAGAAUUCGCGUGUUUGUGACAAGCGCAGUAAAACAAAGCCGCAGUAAAACAAAGCCAAUCGUGGUAUUCUUUAAAAGGUACUCUCUAGUUGUAGAAGCACUAUAAAUUGCUACAAACCUUAAUCUGAAGUCAAAUGACUCGUUUCUCGACAUUAAAGAAUUUCGAAGGACUUUCUAGUCACAGACUUCUGCUCGAAUGAUUUCGGGGAAAUUUAUAUGGCAUACGUAUUAUGUCAAUAAAAGCCAAUACCAGAAAUUUCAGUCAAAAAUAACAGCAAAAUUCUUUUCUCUGAACAGUAUGAUCCACUUUAAAAGCACUAAUUCGUAAAAGAUAUUUACCACUAGUAAAAUCGGAUUAUUUUAUAUUGUUGCUGAAUGAUAUUUGUAGUUCUUUCAGAAGUUUUGGUGCUAUCACCUUAAAACCAAAGACGUUAUGGCGAAAAGUUUGUCAUAGCCCCAUGCGGCUGUACUUAUGACGGAACCACCUUAAGUCAGUUGAUUAGGUCAAUUGUUGCUAUGUAGGGACUCAAAUGCUGAUACUUGAAGCUAAGACGAAGGAUUAGCCUUAAAAAUUCAGCCUUUGAAUAACCUUACAGAGGCCUAUUAACCUUAUCAGAUCUAUUGUUCAAUAAAUGUGUGUAUCGUACAGCCCCUCCAAUAUUCUUAAUCUUGUCCAUUCAUUGUUUGCUGUCAGAAUCUCUCGUCAUCAUUGCCACAUGGAAGGAAAAACUUUCACAUAUCACAUGACUUGCCGUAAGGGUUCUUUGUUAAGUCACAAUAACUGGCCUUCUGGCGGCGUUGGAGUUGGCAUUUGUGACUUCUAUAAGUCCAGUCUAGGUUUUUUUUUCUUAACAGCUAUUUCUGGCAUCUUCAAGUUGUUCAUAUCAUGUUUUAGUUGAAAAUGUCCAUGCUAGGCACCCAGAUAGAAUAGUUAUUCUAAAAUACGCGUUUUGUCUCCCGUACAGGAAGUGUAUACUCCAUCACCUGAUACUGCACAAAAUCUUCCAGAGCGUUCAAUCUUGAAAGUUGCUCUUCUGGCCAAUGAAUGGGGGUCAUCUAAGGGUGGCUUGUCAACAAUAAACAGAACACUUGCCAUACAUUUGGCAAAACACGCAAACGUCGAAGUCACUUUUCUUGUACCUGAAUUCGUGUGUGGCGAAGAAGACCAGAGAACUGCCAGAGGUUACAACAUUGCCAUUAAGGAAGUACAGCGUCGCCCAGCCUUCAAUGAUCCUCUUGACUGGUUGAGCUUUCCACCAAAAGAUCUUGACAUUCAAGUUGUAAUAGGUCAUGGUGCAAAGCUCGGUAGACAAGCACAAAUUAUUAGAGAGUAUCAUUGCUGCAAAUGGAUGCAAGUUGUGCACACUGAGCCUGAAGAGCUGGCAAUGCAUAAGAACUACGCUAACGCCAUUGCUAAAGGGGAAGGAAAGAACAGAGCUGAAGUUGAGUUGUGCCAAAUUGCAGAUCUCGUUGUGGCAGUUGGACCCAAGCUGAAGGAAGCUUUCGCAUCCAAACUUUGUUAUUCUCAUCGAGAUGUCUUUCAGUUGAUACCAGGUUCAUUUGCAGAGUUUUCAGAUACUAAACCUGCUAAACAAGAUAGUGCGACUUUUAAAGUGUUAACCUUUGGCCGCGGUGAUUUUGAAGACUUCAGUCUCAAAGGAUAUGACAUUGCUGCUAAAGCCAUUGUUGAGCUGCAGGAUAGUUCUUAUCGUCUGUUGUUUGUUGGUGCACCUGAUGGAAAGCAAGAUGAAGUCGCAGACAUUUUAUUGCAAACUGGCAUUUCAAGGAACCAGCUGACGGUCAGAUCAUUUGUACAAAACAAAGAAAGAUUAAAAGAGUUGUUUUGCGAAGUCGAUGUGGUCAUAAUGCCUUCAAGAAGUGAAGGAUUUGGGUUGACAGCACUGGAAGCGAUGUCAGCUGGUCUUUCCAUUCUAGUUAGUGGAAACUCCGGAUUCGGAGAAACACUGCGCGGUCUUACUGAGGGCAAGUCAGUUGUGAUCGAUUCUGAUGACCCCAAGGAAUGGGCAAAGGCAAUUGGUGUUAUCCGUCAAAAACCUGGGAUACAACGGCUCGAGGAAACCCGGAGAUUGCGAAAAGUUUAUGAAGAAAGGUUUAGUUGGAAAAGACAGUGCCAGCUGCUUGUUGAAAAGAUGUGGAAGAUGGUUUAUGGUAAGCUCUCGCACCUAUCUUCAGUGAAAUAAUGAUAAUUAGUUCUUGAACUGUUUAGUGUGCAAAUUCAUGCUAUUUUAUGUUUGAACUGACUGUCACUUAGUCUUUACAAGUCAGAGGUACAGCCGGCACCAAGUGGCAGCACACCACCUCACUUAAUAUGUCAUUUCAAGAUGCUUGGUGGUCGGCUCCUGCGCUUUAGGUCAGGCACUUGUUUAUUAAAUUGAUGUUCUAUGACGUUGCCAUCGUCACCUUACUCCUGUGUGGAUGAAAGACUUGGCAGAUCUCCUGCUGUUACAUCAAGAAGCAGCAGAAGAAAAAUUUCGAUUCACCUUAGGCAACCGAUAGCAAGACAAAGCUACCAUCGACCUUGCUGUCCUCAUGGGUUAGGCAACUUACAGUUAGACUUUCAUAGAGCGGGCAUCAUCAAAAUGAACUCUUCGUAUAUAGUAUUGCUUAGUAAUCUGUAUAUUUGUCCUAUGAGCAUAUAUAAAUACAAAAAGUACAUUAUAUACCUAUUCAGCACUCGGGAGAACUCAUUUGUCGCCAAAAUAGUCGGUAAUCGAUGUCAAGACUUUGUGAUGUCUCUUCUAGAUAGGGCCGUGAACAUUGGCAUGCUGUGAACUUGAGUUUUUCUAGCACACAGUUCGUAAUUUAGUCUACGUAUUAGUGAGGCUGAAUUUCUUUUAAAAUCCGUUGGUGGUUUUCUACUGAAUGCAUUAGCUCUCAUAACCUGUUUUGAGCAGUACACGCGGACUUCAAUGUCAAGUUUACAUUUAUAGAAGAUUGAUUUUUCCUUUACACCAAAGUAAUUGAAAGAAAAUAAUUCCUCACAUGAAAUUGUUCUCUUCUUCUUUUUGGUCUUGGAUUGGAGACGUGAUAAGGUGGCUUGAAACCUGAAUGACACCCUCUGGUAUUUGUAAGCACUACACCUCUUCAUGAUCAGGAAGUAAUUUUGUACUUUUGCUGUUUGCAGGUGACUUGACAUUCCACACACUUCAGCAGAUCCAGUUAGACGCACGCAGAGAACCCAACCAAACUGAACUGUCGCUGAAUUUAAAGAGGACUGCUCAAGAGAAAGGCUUUGUGAUUUCUGACAAUCAAGGACAGGGAAACUGCAUGUUUUUUGCUCUUUCAGAGCAGCUUGAUGUCGUAAAAGGAAUGAGGAUGUCUCAUGAAGAGAUACGGCAAACUGUGGUCCAUUAUCUUAUGGAACACCCUACGCUGGUAAGUUAAAUAACAGCAGUAACUAAAUAUAGUUCGUUACCUCUGAAAGGAAACGUUAUGUUCAAACAGUUAUAACAUUCUAGGGACAUUUGUUUGGACGACGUUGUGGUUUAAUAUUGUGACCAUUUUUACCACACCCCGCCACAGCAUUGUUAUGAAAUGCAGUGAUCAAUGUGAAGUGUUUACAUUUUAUCACAGCAUCGUCAGAACACUUUUUUUGUUCUGCAUGUGUCUACGCUUUUUGAACAACUCUGACAUAAAAAGCAAAAAAAAAAGAAAAGGCUGCUUUGACGCAUUUUAUCCGGCGUGGUUAACGAUUGCUUGUUGCUACUGUAAAUUUGGACCUUUGUUUUUCUUUUUUGUUAGUUCAAUAACCACACAACAGUUCAAUGACGACACAUUAGUUCAUUGAGCGUAAACUACAUGUUGCUGCGGGAAAAAUAGCCACAAAUACGUUAGAUAUAUUUCAUUAGAAUGUGUAGCAUUAAGUAAGUAAUAAAUACUCAUUUAGCAACGAUACAAGAACUAAAUUGAGAAAUAGCUAUGGUGCACUGUUAUUAAGUUCUAGUGAGCUCACUAACAUAGGAGGGGGGGGACAUAGACUGAUGUUAAUUUAAAAAUUCUAGUCUGCUCAGAAGGUCUGUCAUUCUCAUCAGGGGCACAGUGAACAGACUUGGAAAGAGAAUAUGCGCUGAAAAGGGAAAGCUAACUCGGUCCGGAGAAAACUUCACACUAAAUAACCCGACAAAGCGCGCGUUGAUAAAGCAGAAAACAUAACGGUUAACGGUGGAUGAAACCUUGUUUUUUGACUCUCUUUCCGCACGUUUCAAACUGUGGUACCACAGCUGGCCCCACGUGCCUGAGUCGACUACCAUCAAUCCAUGUUUAGUAAAUAGAUAUUUUUUACCGCACAAGUCCUGAACGUCCAACUUUCCUGGCUGUUUCAAACUUGAAAAUCCGCUGCACUGUUUCCUGACUAUAUUUCAAAGAGCUUUCGAUACGAUAAUGUCUGUGCAUAUAAGAGAUUAUAACAAUUUCAGGCAACGCCUUGGAACGGUACCAACAGUUUUCUUUCCGAAACGAAUUAGAAAUAAAGUUUCAAAUAUGUCUAACUCACCGCAGCUUGAAUAAAAACCACCAGUAGGAUGACCGAACUAUGUUUUCUUUACUCGAGAGCUUACGCCAUUGUACAUCACGCGCAAUUUCUUCAAAUGUUAACUGGUAACCGUCGUACACUUUCGCGCGCAACUUGAAGGAGUUACGUCACUAUAAUCCUGGUGUCCAAGUGUUUAUGCGAUAACGUGAGGCCUGUUCUCACCAAUUCGAUUUUCUUACUCCAAAGAAGAUAUAGACAAAAUACACAAACUAUUUUUUGAUCUAAACAUUUUCAUUAUGGGCAAAUCAGCACUUUUGCGCUGUUUUUAGUAUUUAAACGUUAUUUUUUUUGUCUUGCAGCCAGAUGGGACAGAGCUUUUCCAAUUUGUUGAUGGAUAUUCAUCUUGGGAUGCUUACCUAACAAGCAUGAUGACAGAUGGUACAUGGGGUGAUCACGUGAUUCUCCAUGGUGCGGCGACUCGCUUUGAAACAUGUAUUCACGUAAUCAGCAGUCUGCCGCAUCACAAUGACGUCAUAAUUUGCCCAGAGUAUGAUGAUACUGGUAACAACCGGCUUGUGCUGGGUCACGUGCAUGAGCUUCAUUAUGUUAGCCUUCUUCCAGUUUGA